AUGCCGCCGGUCGUCAGGGCUCUGGCCCGCAACCAAGUCAGACUCGCCCAUGGCCGGUACAUACAGGCCUCUCAGCGAUGGCCACAGUCUGCUAAUCGGAGUGCAGACACGAACGCAGUCAAUCCGUUGUACACCAGUCCUCUCUGCUCAGCCCUGCCGACCUACUACAGACCCAUGGCGGACGAUGAAAACCACAACUGCAACCAUAGCCCCAACGACGACCUCGACUUUCCCUGCUUGCUGGCGUCCAAGUGGCCUGGUCAGACUCUGGACGUGGACUCCGUCCAGGUGGCUGAACUGUUGGAUGGGCACGACGAGCUCUCGCGCUACCGUGACGAGUUCUGGCUGCCGAGACUGCAGGAUUUGGCCGAGUUGGUGGGACUAGAGCUGCAGCCCGCUCGUGGUCUCGACGAUUCGACUGGCCGAGUCGACCUCGACCGACCGACCGUCUAUUUGUGUGGACACUCGCUCGGUCUUCAGCCUCGGGCGGCCACUUGUCUCGUCGACUCGGCCAUGCGCCAGUGGGCCUCACUCGGUGUCCUCGUUCACCGAAGCGGUUCGUAUCCGGCCUCCAAGUGUGACCUAACAUUGGCCCAGGACACGGCUCGUCUGGUGGUGGGCGCCAAGGCGGACGAGGUCGGCAUCGCCAAC